AUGGCGGCCGACAGCCGGGAGGAGAAAGAUGGAGAACUUAAUGUUUUAGAUGAUAUUUUGACAGAAGUACCAGAACAGGAUGAUGAACUGUAUAAUCCAGAGAGUGAACAAGAUAAAAACGAGAAAAAGGGAUCAAAAAGAAAAAGUGACAGAAUGGAAUCUACUGAUGUAAAACGACAAAAGCCCUCUGUUCAUUCAAGACAAUUGAUUUCUAAGCCACUGAGCUCAUCAGUUAGCAAUAACAAAAGAAUAGUUAGUACAAAGGGAAAGUCAGUUACAGAUUAUAAAAAUGAGGAAUAUCAAAGGUCUGAAAGAAACAAACGUCUAGAAGCAGAUCGGAAGAUUCGUUUAUCAAGCAGUGCCUCCAGAGAACCUUAUAAGAGUCAACCAGAAAAACCUGGUCUCCGUAAAAGGGAUGCUGAAAGGAGGACCAAAUCCCCUACACCAGAUGGGUCUGAGAGAAUUGGGCUUGAAGUGGAUAGGCGUGCAAGCAGAUCCAGCCAGUCUUCCAAGGAAGAGGUGAACUCUGAAGAAUAUGGCUCUGACCAUGAGACUGGCAGCAGUGGUUCUUCUGAGGAGCAAGGCAACAACACUGAGAAUGAGGAGGAAGGAGUGGAAGAUGUGGAGGAGGAGGAAGAGGUAGAAGAAGACCCAGAGGAAGAUGAAGAGGUGGAUGAAGAUGGAGAGGAGGAGGAGGAGGAAGAAGAGGAAGAGGAGGAGGAGGAAGAAGAAGAAUAUGAACAGGAUGAGAGGGAUCAGAAAGAAGAGGGAAAUGAUUAUGACACUCGAAGUGAAGCUAGCGACUCUGAUUCUGAAUCCGUUUCCUUCACGGAUGGAUCUGUCAGAUCUGGUUCAGGCACAGAUGGAUCAGAUGAGAAAAAGAAGGAAAGAAAGAGAGCUCGAGGCAUCUCUCCAAUUGUUUUUGAUAGAAGUGGAAGCUCUGCAUCAGAGUCAUAUGCAGGUUCAGAAAAGAAGCAUGAGAAAUUAUCAUCUUCCGUUCGUGCUGUCCGAAAAGAUCAAACGAGUAAACUCAAAUACGUCCUACAAGAUGCAAGAUUUUUCCUCAUAAAGAGUAACAACCAUGAGAAUGUAUCUCUUGCCAAAGCUAAGGGUGUAUGGUCCACGCUGCCAGUAAAUGAGAAGAAGUUAAAUGCUGCAUUCAGAUCUUCAAGGAGUGUAAUCUUAAUAUUUUCUGUCAGAGAGAGUGGAAAAUUUCAAGGAUUUGCAAGACUUUCUUCAGAAUCACAUCAUGGAGGAUCUCCUAUACAUUGGGUGCUUCCAGCAGGAAUGAAUGCAAAGAUGUUGGGAGGUGUCUUUAAAAUUGACUGGAUUUGCAGGCGUGAAUUACCCUUCACUAAGUCGGCUCAUCUCACCAAUCCUUGGAAUGAACAUAAACCAGUAAAGAUUGGACGUGAUGGACAGGAAAUUGAACUCGAAUGUGGAACCCAGCUUUGUCUUCUAUUUCCCCCCGAUGAAAGUAUUGACUUGUAUCAGGUCAUUCAUAAAAUGCGACACAAGAGAAGAAUGCAUUCUCAGCCCCGAUCAAGAGGACGUCCAUCCCGUCGAGAACCAGUCCGGGAUGUGGGAAGGCGUCGACCAGAAGAUUAUGAUAUUCAUAACAGCAGAAAGAAACCAAGGAUUGACUAUGCCCCUGAGUUUCACCAGAGACCAGGGUAUUUAAAGGACCCACGAUACCAGGAAGUAGACAGACGAUUUUCAGGAGUUCGCCGAGAUGUGUUUUUAAAUGGGUCCUACAAUGAUUAUGUGAGGGAAUUUCAUAACAUGGGACCACCACCUCCUUGGCAAGGAAUGGCUCCUUAUCCUGGAAUGGAACAACCUCCACAUCAUCCUUACUAUCAGCAUCAUGCUCCACCUCCUCAAGCUCAUCCCCCUUACUCAGGACAUCAUCCAGUACCACAUGAAGCAAGAUACAGAGAUAAACGAGUACAUGAUUAUGAUAUGAGGGUGGAUGAUUUCCUUCGUCGCACACAAGCUGUUGUCAGUGGUCGGAGAAGUAGACCCCGUGAAAGAGACCGGGAACGAGAGCGAGACCGUCCCAGAGAUAACAGAAGAGACAGAGAGCGAGAUAGAGGACGUGAUAGAGAGAGAGAAAGAGAACGAUUAUGUGAUCGGGACAGAGACCGAGGGGAGAGAGGUCGAUACAGAAGAUAA